AGCGCCAGCAUGGACGGCGUGGAUGUGUGGGCCACCACCUUGGCCCAGCUGAUGGCCAAGAGGAAGCCCCAGAACACCUGGGAGCUGGUCCCCGAGGAGAACCUGGCCUCAGGGCACCUGGACAGCAGUGGUUUCCAGUACCGGCUGCGGGGGCUCUCGAGGCUCCAGUGUGGCCGCUGCCAGUGGGGCUGGUCCUCGGCCCACGUGCACAUCCUCUUCCACCUGUAGUGGGACGAGGAUGCCCAGCAGGGGCUGGUGAAGGUGCGCAUCUGGGCCCAGCGGUGCCGGCUGUGCCCGGGCGGGGCCGCCUGCCACGUCAGCCUGCUCAGCGUGCGGCUCUUCCUCAACAAGCUGGUGCAGUUCAUCGCGCAGAAGUGCUACGGGGAGGGCCCAGGCUCCGACCAGUGCCCCGAGAUCUGCUUCGGCGAGCACUGCGACGCCUGCGACCUGGGGGUCUGCUUCUUCCAGAAGCCCCCGGACCCCGCCUGGGGGCCCGAGGUCAAGAGCCCCAGCACCAGCAAGGGCAGGUUCACCCUGUAUGGUGGCAGCAACGUGGACGCCCCCACCGCCAGCCAACAGCUGCGCAUGCUUGGCUGCAGGCUUAUGGUGGACCGCUCCAGGGGCUACACCCACUCCACCACGGUCCCCCUCUCCGUGGCCGACUUCAUCAAGAACCCCCUCUCCGAGAGCAGGGACUUCUUCGGCGAGAGGGAGGAGAUCGUCACUGUCCCCUCUCCCUUGUGCGCGAGGACAAGGGGCCCGUGGCCGACCCCAGCGGGCCGCUCUGUUGGCAGGGGCUCCCCCUACCUGCCCACCAGCUCCAAGGCCACGUCCAAAGGCAAACGCUUCCCGGUGAACAUCAAAGUCCCCGUGUUCCACGGCAAAGGCCUCGUCCUCAGCGGCACCAAGGAGAUGACAGGCUUUAUCUACAAAGGCCAUGGCUGCAUCUCCGACCCUGAUGGAGAUGAUGCAGACGAUGGCUGGGGCCCCGCGUUCAGCAGCAGCGGUGCCGUCACUGAAGUCACUGAUGGAAACAGCCCGCGGCCAGUGACCUACAUCAUCGGCCUCAGGCACAACGGGCAGGGCUCCGUCACCUUCCCCUCUUCCUUGACCAAUGUGGUCCUUGAAGGCGAGGACCCCUUUGACCUCAUCUACGGCUCCCUCACCUUCCCUUUCAUCUUCGCCACCAAGGGCAAAGGCGGGGCGUCCUCUGCUGGCGUCACUGAAGGCAAAGGGAAGGGGGAUGGCGGCAGCGGCCCUGCCACCACUGGCCGUGAGCCCCUUCCGGGGACCAAUGCCAGUGGCCCUGUCCCCAUCAGCGAGGGCUCCGUCACUAUCCCCUUCUCCGUCCUCAGUAUCAUUCAGAGCAAGGGCUCUAGCAGUGAUGACAGUGGCCCUGAAAGCAAUGGCCUUGCCACCCCUGGCUUUUCCAAGAAGCAGAGGCAGCCGGGGCCCAGGGCGGGCAAGUCCGGCCCUGGGUGCUACUGGGAGGAGGACUUCUGCUGGGCCGUAGGCUUCCGCUUCGACCCCUACGAAGAAGUCUGGAUCUGGGUCUCCAUGACCGUCCACAUCCUCUGGAUAAUGUACCUGUACAAGUUCAGCUCUGACCACUCCCCGUGGGUGUGA